GUUACUAGCUGCUCUCCAGUUAUUGGGUGCCUAAUACGAGUCUUUGGGGCAAAGAUUGAUCUUAUUCUGAGUCAUCCAGCUUAUGCAAUCUUGCGCAAAACUGUCCUCAGGAUCACUAGAAGCAUGAUCUCGCUGCAACAUCAUCGGUAGAACUCAUAUUACCAGAAGACAUUGCUUGCUACCAGGAUGCCCUCCACGAGUGAGAGUACGGAGUUGUCUCAAAAGCCGGCCGUCGAAAUCGUUUCAACUCGGCCGCAAAAGUUGAUUGAGAUCGUGGAGCCAGAUCCAACAUGGCCGGAGGCGUUUGCGAUUAUUGCACGCCGGAUCGCUGAUUCCCUUGGCAAUCGAGUUCUCUCUAUUGAGCACGUCGGGUCCACCAGCGUGCCAAGUUUACCAGCCAAAGCAGUCAUCGAUGUUGACGUCGUUGUUGCUGAUCCCACGGCAGAAGACUCCUACGUGCCAGCCCUUGAGGCUGCGGGCUUUCAGUUCUUGCUUCGCGAACCUGGCUGGCAUGAGCAUCGCCUUUUCGGUUCUAAUGAACCAUAUGCGAAUAUCCAUAUAUUCGGUCCGAAUAGCGCGGAACUCAUUCGCCAUCGACUGUUCCGUGACUGGUUGCGCAACCAUGAGGACGACCGCCAAAGGUAUACAGAUAUCAAACGGCAAGCAGCUGCCGCUAGUCGAUUGGCUGGGGAGACUGUGAUGGAAUACAAUGCCCGCAAGGAACCCGUGGUGCUUGACAUCCUCCAGAAAGCCCUCAAGGCGCACGCGUACGUGGACGAGUAAAACCCCGACGAGUAAAGAGAUACAUCAUUAGAUGGGCUGUUGUUUCACUGUGGAAAGCAAUAAACGAUGAGGUUGAUUGGAACGCAAACCGGUUCUUCGGUCUCGUUUGGCUGGUACACAUAUUCAUAGAUAUCGAAGAUUAGGGAACUAUAUUUCCUAUUUGAAUCGCGUACGGG